ACAGCUCAUUGCUGCGUCUAGGCCUUUUAUUAUUAUUAUUUUAAAAUAAUAGCAACAAGUUAUACAUCUUGAAAAAUUGAAUAAAAUAAACAGUAGCAGUCCUAUUUUUCAUUGCCCUUUAGAGAACAUUUUGCAUUUACAAUGUCACAGAUUGAAUGUUGUGUCAAGCCAUUUUUCAGGAGCAUCAAAACUGGCCAAAGAUGUUAUUUCCUACCCUCUUCUUCAAAUUACUCAGUUCAGACUGUCUGUGAGAAGCUGCAAUCAGUCCUUUCUUGAAAAUAGUUUUCAGAUGUAGGAAUAAUACAUUUUGCCAUGAUCAGUUAUCAAGAAAGUGUCCUAAACACGUGUUAGACUGACAUUUUAAAAACAACUAAGAUUUUUUUUGGUGGCUAUUGUCAUAAUUCACACCUCUUUCUUCAGGGUCUAUCAACCCAAAUACAAACAGAAAAAAAGAAUAUCUAUGCAUUCAGGUUUUUAAACAGCUCUCAUCACUGUAGUAUUGAAGCACCUAAACCAUUUUUUACCAACUUGCAAAAAAUAUCUACAAUGUUUGAAUGUUGUCCUAUAUGACAGAGAUUAAAGGGUAUCCUCUACUGGGAAUUCUUUUUUAUAAUAAUAUAAUAGCAGUGCAUUCUACUUGGGGAUUACACCUUACAUCCAUCCAGAAACCAAAGCUGAUGAAACAUGGGGCAGCCUGUUUGAUAAAUGGAGUAUCUAACUGUGAGCAUAUUCAAUCUGUGUUCCAUGCUCUGCACUGGCUGACUGUGAGUUUCCAGGUGACGUUUAAGGUUACGGUAUUGACAUUUAAAUUCAGCAAAACUAUGCAUCAAUGACAACUGGUAUCUUCAACCCAAAGAAGCCCCUAGAUUUCAAAUUUGCAUUAGUGAGAGUCUGUAAAGGAAAAUAAAAAUAAUGAAAACCUUCAUUAUCUGGUUUUAUUUUUUUAUAAUACAGAAGCAGAAAAAAAUUAAAUUUACCCCUCUGUCUCUCCUCCACUGGGUAAGUGGUAGUUAGUGACUGUGGUGGUGGGACAUCCUGCUGUCUCCCCUCCAAGUCUGAGUAUAGAAGGUGUUGCCAGUUGGUCCUGUUUCAUCCCUUCUGUGACGUUAUUGACAUGAACUGUGACUGUAUAGAUCAUUAUUGCAACCAAGGUCCUAUAGUUGCACCAAAUCUUGUACAAAGGAGGUCAAGUAAGGUAUUUAUGGAAAGGUUCUAAUUUGCUGGUUAUGAUUAUGAUGUCUGUAUGUGUGUAUCAGUUUUGUAUUUGAAGUUAUGAAUAUUGGCUAUGUACUUGUAUCUCAAUGUGUUUGAUUCUAAGUAACAUCAGUGAAGCAUUUGGUCAGCUUCUUGAGAAAGGACUAUUCUGAGUAACUGCCCAAUCAAGAAACAAACACUUAACUGACAAUGGACCUUGGGAGACGCCAAUCCACAUCUGAGCUUUCCUGGGAAUGUUCAAACUAACACGUAAACAAUGGCGUCGGCCUCCAAAAAGCUGAAUCAUUCAUGGACAUGCGACUUGGUAGGUGGCUACAAACUCCAUCUUGUUGCUGUGAUUUUGCACAAAAGAACAAAGGGGUUUCUGCCCACAAGAGAGAGAAUAUAAAAGGCUCUGAAAGCCCCUCCAUUUUGUCUUCAGAUGGCUCAAGAGAUGGCCUCUCCACUCCAAAGAGAUGCCUGAAAGAAACUGCAACAAAGGAUAGUAACUACAGGGGUGUGAGUGAUUGCUGGACCCAAACCAUAAGCCACAACGUUCGUCUGAAAAGGAUUGGGCCCAGACUUGGAAGGAGUCUAGUUGGUGAAAGAAGCUUAUUGGGACUUCUCUGAUGGAGUGUAUUCAGUUUCCUACUGUUUUAGGCUUAGACUUGCAUGUUUUGUUUUAUUCUGCUUGGUAACUUACUUUGUUCUGUCUGUUAUUACGUGGAACCACUUAAAUCCUACUUUUUAUACUUAAUAAAAUCAUUUUUGCUUAUCAAUUAACCCAGAGUAAGUAAUUUAAUACCUGGGGGAGCAAACAGCUGUGCAUCUCUCUCUCUCAGUGUUAUAGAGGACACACAAUUUAUAAGCAGGAAGCCAAGACCCUUGGGGGGGGGGGGGGGAUAAGCCCAGCUCUGAGCCUGAGCGACAGUGGUGAGCCUGAGCAGUAGCCAGCUCCCAGAAGCACAGAGCGGAGAGCCCAGGGGGUAGCUGAGCUCUCAGUGGGGACACAGGCAUACAGCGGGUACUGCAGUAUCCCCAGCCUGUGCCCAGAGUCCCAGCCACAGACCCCCUCCCCCCCCCACCACCUGGGGGCCCGGCUGCCAGCCCCCUUAUCUCUGUCCAUGUCUCCUCUGAGCCAUGGCCCUGCCCCCAAGAACUAGGUCUGGGAGGACAGAGAAGGGGUGGGAGGUAAAAGGUUCAGGCACCACUGCUUUAUGUUUGGUUCGCUGCCUCUUAGCACCGCCACUAUAAAAAGUGUUCCAGCACCACUGAGCAGGGAGGCGAGAGCCUGGGCUCCCAGCCCCCCACACUGCCCCGCUGACGGGGGUGGAAGCACUCCUGGUGAGGACUCGUCCCGCACCGCAGACAGAAAAAGGGUAGCGGAGACAUGGAAAACGGCUGUAAUUACCGCAACCCCCCAGGUUCCUGCCGCUUAGCAUCCCCCUGACCUACUCCCGCCGCCGCCGCCGCCGCCGCCCUCAAGCGGUCUGCCAGCGCCCGCGCGCCUCGGGGAGCCCAUACCGCCCCGUCACCCCAACAGCUUCGCCCCUGGCUCUUCUCGCGAGAUCUCCCACCGCGCCGCCGCCUGCACACUCACAGCCGGCGGGCUGAUAACUUUCAAACCGGGGGAAGCAGGCGAGCGCGAGGCUAGGCCAGGGGGCGGGGCGGGACCGGCCCGGCCCGGCCCGGCCCCAGUCGCCCCCCGGGCGGGGCUGGAUGAGGCUGCUUGGGCAGCGCGAUCGCAGCCUGCGCCUCGCCCCCUCCCUCCGAGGCGGCGGAUGCCGCAGUCGCGGCGCUAGCAUCCGCCCCAGAGCGGGGUGUCUCCUGCUGCCGCAACGCGGCCGGCGGGACGGUGCAGGAGGAGCCUCCGAGACGGGCGGCGCCCGCGCCCGCGCCCCCGCCCCCGCCCCGGGAAAGGGAAGCGGAGCCAGGCUCAUUGGGCCCGAAGGCGAGCGAGUCCCAGCGGACGGGCCGCCAACAGCCCCCGAGGGCGAGAACUGAGAAGGAACCACUUCCGCCGCUCGCCCGGCCUCGUGUCGCUUUAAAGACCCAGCCGCGCGGGGGAGCGGCGAUUGGCUGAGCCCGGCCAGCUCUGCCGGCUGCUCGCAGCGCGGCGCUGUCAGGGCUUUGGGGCUGGGCGAGCGCCGCUCCGCCUCCUGCUCGGGGUGUCCGUGCCGCGGCGUGGGGCCCUGGCUCGGAGUGUGGGGAUCGCCGCUCGCCGGCGUCAGGGUGGCUGUGGGUUUAGGUCAGGUAGCGCAGGGGGGAGCGGGCACCGCGUGUUUCCUCAGCCGGGGCGCCCGGUCGGUGCCGGGGGGAGCAAGAGGUGUCGGGGUCCGGUGCGGAGCGCUCAGCAAGGCGGCUGUUCCUGCCCCUUCCCCGGGAUUAGGGGCUUGUUGCGGGCGGGCGGGCGAGACAGAAGAGCCGCCCCGGCAGUAGCAUCAUCAUCAUCACCUGGCGCUGCGGCGGAGGGAGGGGAGAGGCGCCGAGGGGCGGGCGCGGCGCGUUGCGUGGUCUCGGGGCAGCCCGGCUGGUGGUUGGCCGUUUAAAGCAGCGGAGCCGCCGCUCAGGUUUCAGAGGCAGCCGGGGCUGUCGCUCGUUCGCUGCGCCGUAAGCCGGAGACAUGGAGGGAAAACAGCCGCUGUCCGGCUCCACCCGGGAGCAGGAGCAGCAGCCGCAGCCGGCAGCAGCGGGGUCUGGAGAGACUGAGGAAACGCCGCGUUUGCCGGCUGGCGUUGGGGAUGCGCCCGCUGCCGACUCUGCGCCAGAAGCGGGGCUGUCUGUGGUGGCAGCGGCCGGGGACGCGCUGUGCAGACCGCUGGGUCCCACCCCAAGCCAGAGCCGCUUCCAGGUGGACCUGGUGGCGGAGGGCUCUGGCCGGGCGGCGGCGGACGAGCCCCCGAAACCUGGCGGGCAGGGCGGCGCAGCGGGGAAGGGCAGCGAGGAAGCCAAGGGCAGGUUUCGGGUGAACUUUGUGGACCCAUCGGCCGGUGAUGAGAGCCCGGCCGAGCCCGGCGGGGGCCUGGAGGGCGGCGGUGUCAGCUUCCAGAACGGCGGCGACACGGUGCUGAGCGAGGGCAGCCUCCACUCCGGGGGCGGCGGCGGCUCCGGGGGGCAUCAUCACUAUGAUACCCACACCAACACUUACUAUCUGCGCACCUUCGGCCACAACACCAUGGACGCCGUGCCCAGGAUAGACCACUACCGGCACACGGCCGCCGAGCUGGGCGAGAAGCUCAUCCGGCCCAGCCUGGCCGAGCUGCACGAUGAGCUGGACAAGGAACCUUUUGAGGAUGGCUAUGCAAAUGGAGAAGAAGGGACUCCUCCUGGGGAAGCUGAUGCUACUUAUGCUGCAGACAGUAAGGGAAUAGUCAAGUUUGGCUGGAUAAAAGGUGUAUUGGUACGAUGUAUGUUAAAUAUUUGGGGAGUGAUGCUCUUCAUCAGACUGUCAUGGAUUGUAGGACAGGCUGGGAUAGCUCUUUCUGUCUUGGUUAUUGCAAUGGCAACUGUUGUGACAACUAUCACAGGAUUGUCUACUUCAGCAAUAGCUACCAAUGGAUUUGUAAGAGGAGGAGGAGCAUAUUAUUUAAUUUCCAGAAGCCUGGGACCUGAAUUCGGUGGCGCAAUAGGCCUGAUCUUCGCAUUUGCGAAUGCUGUUGCAGUAGCUAUGUAUGUGGUUGGUUUUGCAGAGACAGUUGUAGAACUGCUGCAGGAAAAUGAUGCACUUAUGUUGGAUGAGAUGAAUGACAUCAGAAUUAUAGGAGCCAUCACAGUACUUAUAUUGUUAGGUAUCUCUGUAGCAGGAAUGGAAUGGGAAGCAAAAGCACAGAUUACUCUGCUGGUGAUCCUGCUAUUUGCUAUUGGUGAUUUUCUCAUAGGAACAUUUAUUCCACUGGAUAGCAAGAAGGUUAAAGGUUUUUUUGGUUAUAAAGGUGAAAUACUUGCUGAGAAUUUUGGACCAGAUUUCCGAGAGGGUGAAACUUUCUUUUCUGUAUUUGCUAUUUUCUUCCCUGCUGCAACUGGCAUUCUGGCUGGUGCAAAUAUCUCAGGUGAUCUUGCAGAUCCCCAAUCAGCCAUACCUAAAGGAACACUGUUGGCCAUCGUAAUUACCACAGUGGUUUACAUAGGAAUGGCAGUAUCUGUAGGUUCUUGUGUUGUUCGGGAUGCCACGGGUAACAUCAAUAGCACCAUCAUUACCGAACUGACAAAUUGCACUACUGCCGCUUGCAUGUCAGAUUUUGAUUUCUCAUCUUGUCAGAAGACACAGUGUCCGUAUGGUCUGCUGAAUGACUUCCAGGUAAUGAGCAUGGUAUCAGGAUUUGCACCACUGAUUUCUGCUGGCAUCUUUUCAGCCACCCUUUCUUCCGCAUUGGCAUCUUUAGUGAGUGCACCUAAGAUUUUUCAGGCUUUAUGCAAAGACAAUAUCUAUCCAGGUCUUCUCAUGUUUGCUAAAGGCUAUGGGAAGAACAAUGAACCAUUACGAGGAUAUAUUCUGACUUUCUUCAUUGCUCUUGGAUUCAUAUUAAUUGCUGAAUUGAAUGUCAUUGCUCCAAUAAUCUCCAACUUCUUUUUGGCUUCAUAUGCCUUAAUUAAUUUCUCUGUAUUCCAUGCCUCACUUGCAAAAUCUCCAGGUUGGCGUCCUGCUUUUAAGUACUACAAUAUGUGGGUUUCUCUUGUUGGAGCGAUUCUCUGCUGCAUAGUGAUGUUCGUCAUUAAUUGGUGGGCAGCAUUGCUAACAUAUGUCAUAGUCCUUGGACUCUAUAUUUAUGUCACUUACAAGAAACCAGAUGUGAACUGGGGAUCCUCUACGCAAGCCUUGACUUACCUAAGUGCAUUGCAGCAUUCUGUCCGUCUUGCAGGCGUGGAAGACCAUGUAAAAAAUUUCAGGCCUCAAUGCCUUGUUAUGACAGGUGCUCCAAACUCACGUCCUGCUUUGGUUCAUCUUGUCCAUGCUUUCACAAAAAAUGUGGGUUUGAUGAUCUGUGGUCAUAUACACAUGGGCCCUCGCAGACAAGCCAUUAAAGAAUUGUCAAUUGACUUGGCCAGAUAUCAGCGGUGGCUUAUUAAAAACAAAAUGAAGGCCUUCUAUGCACCAGUACAUGCAGAGGAUUUGAGAGAUGGGGGACAGUACUUGAUGCAGGCUGCUGGUCUGGGUCGAAUGAGACCAAACACUCUUGUUGUUGGAUUUAAGAAAGAUUGGAAACAAGCUGACAUGAGGGAUGUGGAAACCUAUAUCAAUUUAUUUCAUGAUGCCUUUGACAUUCAGUAUGGUGUAGUUGUCAUCCGCCUAAAGGAAGGUUUGGAUAUUUCUCACCUUCAGGGACAAGAAGAAUUACUGUCCUCUCAAGAGAAAUCUCCAAGUUCAAAGGAUGUUGUAGUAAAUGUGGACUAUAGCAAAAAGACUGAGACAGACACAUCUAAGGUUUUUUCUUCACCAUCCAGUGAAAAAACUCCUGUUCUGCAUAAAGAGGAGGAAGAAGAUGGCAAGACUCCAACACAACCACUGUUGAAAAAAGACUCGAAAGGCCCACGUUCUCCUUUAAACUUGACUGACCAAAGACUUCUUGAUGCUAGCUCUCAGUUUCAGAAGAAACAAGGCAAAAAUACUAUUGAUGUCUGGUGGCUUUUUGAUGAUGGGGGUUUGACAUUGUUGAUUCCUUAUCUUCUGACAACCAAGAAAAAAUGGAAAGACUGUAAGAUCAGAGUGUUUAUUGGUGGAAAAAUAAACAGGAUCGAUCAUGACAGGAGAGCGAUGGCUACUCUGCUCAGCAAAUUUCGGAUAGACUUCUCAGACAUCAUGGUACUUGGAGAUAUUAAUACAAAGCCAAAGAAGGAAAAUAUUGCAGCUUUUGAAGAAAUGGUUGAACCAUUCAGACUUCAUGAAGAUGAUAAGGAACAAGACAUUGCAGAUAAAAUGAAAGAAGAUGAGCCUUGGAGAAUAACAGAUAAUGAACUUGAGCUUUACAAAACUAAGAGCUACCGCCAGAUUAGGUUAAAUGAGUUGCUGAAAGAACAUUCCAGCACAGCUAAUGUAAUUGUAAUGAGUUUGCCAGUUGCACGAAAAGGUGCAGUAUCUAGUGCACUAUACAUGGCCUGGUUAGAAGUUCUAUCAAAAGACCUGCCACCAAUCCUCCUUGUUCGUGGGAAUCAUCAGAGUGUUCUUACCUUCUAUUCCUAAACAUACUGCGCAACGUGCAACUGUGAUGAAAUGGUACUUCAGUGCCUGGAAGAGAGUGACUAAGAUUAUUAACAUCACAAAGGCAAAAAGUGACUCUUCUUUCACUGUUCCACUGACUUGAAAGCACACAAGGAAAGUCACUAUAUUUCUAAAGUUGUGAAAUCUUCAGUUUUAUUCAAAUUCUUCUAUAACUUAAUCUUGCUUAAUGGGGGAGGAUUCCUUGUUAGACUGAAGAACAACAAGACGAGCUUUUUCUUUGCUACUUGAAUAGCAGCAAUAAAAGUGUUUUUUAUUUUUGAUCAAUGAAAGGAUUAUAGAUUUAUAAAAGCCUUUUAGCCUUGAGGUGCCUUCUGAAAUUAACCAAACUGCAUCUACACACCCUAUUUUGUACAUUUAGAUAGAAUGUCAACAUUUGCCUUCAACUAAGACUUUAGCUCAAAUGUCCUUUAGUUUCUAGUCUCUUCCAUCUUGCAAUAAAAUGAAUGCUGCUUUUCAGUCUUCCAUCAAGCUAUUAUUUUUAGUACUGUAUUUUCUAUUCAGAAUGUUUUAAUAUUUGUUAGAUUUGAAACAAAGGUAGGGCAGGUCAGUUGGAAUAAAAAAAUCAUAAUGUUAUUGUCCAAGAGUUUGUAUUACUGAACUUGUACCCUUAAAACUAAUUGUGCUAGAGAAAUGAUGGGAGGACCUUUUUUCUCAGAUUUGACAUUGUGCCCUUCUUUCCAUUCAAAAUUUGAGAUGCAUAUAACUUUGGCUACCUUGGUGAAGGUUAGUGUGUCAGUCUUUAGCUCUAAUAUGUAACUGUAUUCCUGUUGUAGGCUGAAGAUAGCUUUUUGGAUUAUUUUAGUUUUUAAAAAAAGAGGACCUGUCUUAGUUCCUGGCCUUCAGAUCUUGGCGUCAUUUAGUUUGUUUGAAGAAAGUGUUAACCUAAGGCUUGAAGGAGCAAAUAUGAGCAAUGUGAUGCCAUCUAAUAGAAUACUGUAAACACUAUGUGGAAUCUCACUACACCAUCCAAUAUCAAAUGUAAAAACUAAAAUUCGGAAUCUUUCAUCAAAUGAUUAAAUGGACCACUGGUUAUUAGGGGAGCUGUCUUUAGGUCAAUUCAUUCAGUUGUCAGACAUCACAUUUAGUCUUACUAAAUAAAUACUCAGGCUUAAUCUAGAAAUUUAGACGAUCAUACAUGAUACUUUACACGUUUUUCAUGUUUAAUAAAAACUGCCAAUUUGUGUGUUCCAGUGUAUGUUUUGACUACUUUAUAAUUUAGUCUUCUAACACACAUAAAUAAAAAUCUUCAUUUGAGCCUUUAUACAAAGGUGAGUAAUAUGAACUAUUUUUUAAAUUCCUAUAUAUUUUUCAGGAAAGGAUUGCCUAAAAACAUUUCACAACCUCUAGAUAUUAGUACUGGGCAUGUUACUGGGUCACAUUGCUAGUGCUUCAAUGAUUUUCAUUGAAGAUGAUCCUUAGAAAAGGUUUAUUUUUAUGCUUAACAUAGCAUUAUAUUAAAUACUCAGUAAUAGUUCCUUUUGAAGGACAAAGCUAUUAGUCAUUGUGAAAUAAGAUACAGCUUGAAGUAGUUACAAUUGGAGAUGUGUUCUACGCUUUAUCCACAGUGCAUGCUGUAGUCAGAUCAUUGGUAAGUCACAAAAUAAUCUCCAUUUUUGCAGUUGGUUUCUACCAGUCUGGAUCUGAAUUGGUUAAAUUGUUUGUUUUUUAAAAGCAGCAUGUUUUGCUGCCAAAUACAAAGUAAAUGAAUGCUAACAUGGGCCUGGUUAAGAUACAAUUUAUAAUCAAACAAAUUCUAAUAGUGCUGUUUAAUUACACAAAAAAAAAUAUAACAGCCUCAUUGUGUCUGUUACAGGUUUUGCAGUGCUUGUUGAGGUGGUAGGGAUGUCUCAUUAUUCAGUGAACAUGGAAUCGUUGCCAUGUUUCAUUCUUUUUUUUGUUUUUAAACAGAUGGACAAUAGGGCAUGAACUUAGUGCUGCUAUCUUGAAAAUGUGCACAGGUACACUUAUUUAAAGUUUUGUCCAUUCAGGAAACCAUUGCUUGUUAUCUGUAAUGCAGGAACCAAAUGAAGUGUGUGCAUACAUGCAUAUAUGUGUAUAAAAUUAUAUAAAAUAUAUCUAAAUAUGCAUUUGGGGAUGGGGAGGGAAUUGUAGUCUGUAAAAUAAUGUAAGAUGCUUUUCACAUAUGCACUCUCAAAACUUCACUAACACUAGACACCAGAUCAACAGUUUCAAGAUUUAUUAUAACACUCUAAUAAACUUCAACAGUUACUAGUAAGUGUGAGCAACAGAUAUUGGCUAGUGACAGUCAUUCCAAUUUCUAUUUAGUCUAUAUAAACUUUGAUUUUGAAGCCAAAUUUUUUUUAAGUUCCAAUCAUUGUUAAUGACUUGAAAUAUAUAAUAUCUCAUUGACACAUGGCAAUUGCAUUAUUUCUGUUGAUGAAAUUUCUUUUUAUGGGUUUAGAAGGAGCAACCAUAGCUGAAGAAAUCAAUUAUUUAUUUUUUUGUUCAUUUGUUUGACUGUAUUUAGGUUUCUUUUCUUUUACAUACAUUCUUUUUAUAUGCUUUCCUGACAUUACAUAUUUAAAAAUGAACUAUGGAAUUAAUUUAAAGAUUUGAGCUUGGUUGGGUAUUUAGUUAUCCACUGGGUUUGAAAAUGUAAUAUUUUGAUAAUACUGUACUGUAACUGUCACACAUGCUUUUCUAAUGUUUUAACAUUGAAUAUUGCAGUUACUACUUUGUACAAGGGGACACUGCAAUAAAAGGAAGUGAAUUCAA